CUCCCGAGCCCCGAGGGCCUCAGCGCGACAGCAGAAACGUAAGUCACUUCGCCCUCCGUGGUUACGGCACUUAGAAACAACGUCAAGGGGCGGGACUGCGUUUUACAAACCGGACCGUGAAGCUUUGCGUUUUCUCUUUCCAGCCAGCGCCGAGCGAUGGGCAUCUCUCGGGACAACUGGCACAAGCGCCGCAAGACCGGCGGCAAGAGAAAGCCCUACCACAAGAAGCGGAAGUAUGAGCUGGGGCGCCCCGCUGCCAACACAAAGAUUGGCCCCCGCCGCAUACACACAGUCCGUGUGCGGGGAGGUAACAAGAAAUACCGUGCCCUGAGGCUGGACGUGGGGAACUUCUCCUGGGGCUCAGAGUGUUGUACUCGGAAAACAAGGAUCAUUGAUGUUGUCUACAAUGCGUCCAAUAACGAGCUGGUCCGCACCAAGACCUUGGUGAAGAACUGCAUCGUGCUUAUUGACAGCACGCCGUACCGACAGUGGUACGAGUCCCACUAUGCACUGCCCCUGGGCCGCAAGAAAGGGGCCAAGCUGACUCCGAGGAAGAAGAAAUCCAAAAAAAUUCAGAAGAAAUACGACGAAAGGAAAAAGAAUGCCAAAAUCAGCGGUCUUCUGGAGGAGCAGUUUCAGCAGGGCAAGCUUCUCGCAUGCAUUGCGUCCCGACCGGGCCAGUGUGGCCGAGCAGAUGGCUAUGUGCUAGAGGGCAAGGAGCUGGAGUUCUACCUGAGGAAAAUCAAGGCCCGGAAAGGCAAAUAAUUCCUCCUCUCUCCUGUCUUAGUUCAUGUAAUAAAGGUGUGUAUUGUUCU